GUGUCUUCUCUCCACUCCAAUAACAACUAGCAAGAAAGCAAAAUCCAUAUGACUUCACUCUUCUCUCUUGCGUUAAUGUGUGUUCCGGUGUGCUAAGAUGAUACCUUCUUUUUCUAUCUUUCUCUCGUGUUAUUCUCUAUAGCUUUUCCAAAAAAUAGAAUUUUCUGCAGGUAUUUCACGUGAAGGCAAUUCUUUGCCAUGAGAUAAGUUUGAUCAUAAUGGACAAAAAUGAGUCAUAACAAAUGUCACUUGAUUUUUCCAUUUUUGGAUUAAAACCCCUCCAAAUACACCUACAAUUAUCAGAGAAUGAGAAUGAUGAUUGUAUCUACGUCGCAUGCAGAAUUCGCAGCAAGAAUGCAAGAAAAAGGAGAUGGUGGUGAAACCAAUAGAAGAUAUAGUGGUGACAAAUACUACAUGUACAAAGGCUGCAGUAGGUUCUGUAGAAAGGAAGCCAAGGCCACAGAAAGAACAAGCUAUUAAUUGUCCAAGGUGUCAUUCAAUUAACACCAAGUUCUGCUACUACAACAACUACAGCCUCACACAGCCUAGGUAUUUCUGCAAGACUUGUAGAAGGUAUUGGACUGAAGGUGGGACCCUCAGGAACAUCCCUGUAGGAGGUGGCUCUAGGAAGAACAAGAGAUCUUCAGCUUCUUGUAGUAACAAUAGUCAUCACAAUGACAAUAAUUCAACCAAUAAGAAGCUUUCUGCAGAUCUGGUCAUCACACCUCCAACUUUGUCACACACUACUCAAAACCCUAAGAGCAAUGAUAAUAGUAUUAUUCAUCAAGGCCAAGAUCUCAAUUUGGCUUUCCCAUCCACCACCACCACCACCUCAGAUUUCAGAAAAAUCUCUGAAUUGGUCCAACAAAAUAACAACAACAAUAGUAGCAACAACAGCAUGUCAGCUUCUUCUUCAACCACAACUACAACUACUUCCACUUCUCAUCACCUUUCUGCAUUAGAGCUUCUUACUGGGAUCACUUCUAGUUCCAGUACUGGUUUGAGUACUUCUUUCAUGCCUAUUCCAGUUCCAUCUAAUCCAAAUUCUAUCUACACUUGUGGAUUUCCUCUGCAAGAUUUCAAGCCAGGAACCUUGAAUUUCUCUUUAGAUGGGAUUGGAAAGGGGUACACAAGCCUUCAGAAUGUUCAUGGUGGGAGGCUCUUGUUUCCAUUUGAGGACCUAAAACAGGUUUCUAGCACCACCACAAUGAAUCAGACGCAACAAGGGGAUUCAACUGGGUAUUGGACUGGAAUGUUAGGCGGAGGAUCAUGGUAAUUAAUCAUUAAGAGAGUCAUAUAAAUAUAUAUUUAUAUUUGUUUACUUAAUUUCUUCUCUUGCUUUCUACUAAGUCAAUUUUUUUCUUUUGUACUUUUUUUUCGGGGGGGGGAUGUGUUUUCCUUCAGAUCAUGUGGGGACUUCACUUGUUUGGAUUUCUUCAUAACUGGCUAACAGCUGAUAGGAUCGAUUCAUACGUGGGCUUCUUUUCCACUUCCGUCAAUUUCUUAUGUGUAUCUGGCUCCUCUUAUAUCUCUUCAUGAUGACCAAGUUUUGGGAUCUUGAGAAGAAGCUUAAUUAUUUUAGGCAGGCUUCAGUAGUACUUGGAAAAUUAAAACAAGAGUUAUAUUACAUUUGGUUAUAUGUAAUGGUAGAAGAGAUCAAGAUUAACUCCAUUUUUUUAGGGUUAACAAGUAGCUAGAAAGAGGGGCCGGGUAAAUUAAGUGUUGUUGCCCUUUUUUAUAUUUCAUGUAAUUUCUUCUAUCACAUUAGCAGGGCAACAUCAUCAAUUGGUUUGAUUUACCGGAUUCCAAAAAUGUAUAAUGUACAAGAAUAUUUUAUGACUAUAUAAAUUGGUAUGUUAUGUUUAUGACUUACGAAUGAUACAUCGUAAGUAUUUUGGCUGUGAA